AUGGGCAAAACAUUCAAAUUGGCCAUUAGCAGUCGUCCGUACUUCCCUACCUACACUAUUUCUCGUCGACUUCAGCGACAAGUGGAACUCUUUUCCAUUGACGGAGCAAAGGAGCACGAGAAUUCUACCCAAGAUGUCAAAACUUUUAUCAGCCAGGAGCUCAGAGAAUUGCGUAUCGUCCUAGCACUGUCAGAAGAAGAGGUCCAGAUGGUAGAUUUCAAGUUGAAGGCUUGCCAGCAACAUAAUUUCCUCUGCGCAUAUUUUCUAACGCAACGGCUUUCCAAGAAUCCUCCCUCAACUGUCCAAGCUAUGUUGGACACACUGGAUUAUCUCCCACUAGGUCUCGAAGACCACUAUAAGCGGACGCUAACUUAUUGCACGGAUUAUAAGAAGGCCAAGGCUACAUUCUCCGUCCUUUUUGCGGCGCGGAGGCCUUUGAGUGUGGAUGAUAUCGCUAUCAUUCUUAUGCUGCAGCCAGGUUUUCAGGGCCUUACAACUUCUGACCGUACGAGGGAUAUCAUUAGAGACACAUGCGGAAUGCUAGUGCAUGUAGUCGGCGGAAAGGUGUACUUGAUCCAUAACACAUUGAAAAUGUUCCUCCUCAAUCCGAAGCCAACGGUCAAUGAAUCGAAAAGAAGACGAAAAGCCAAUCCCUGGAAGCACAUGAUCAAUGUCGAUGAAGGUGAAGCGAGGCUGCCAUUGGCAUGCACGAGGAUUCUCGGCGUUAAAGCAGCUCUUUGGGGUGAGCAGUCAGGAUUCAGGGAGUACGCUCGUCACUAUUGGGGUGUACAUCUCUCCCAGACUCUUCGGUCUGCCCAUUGUCGCCGUCCUAUUUCUUAUAUUGAGACGAUGAUUGGCUAUGGACUUAACUUGCAGAUGCUUGAUAAUGAUGACAAGAGUCUCCUGCACCGAGCUGUCGAUAUAUAUGUUUCUGACGUCAAUCGCGAAAUUGUGCGCGGGAUUCUCAACCAAGGGAAAUUGGUACAAACCGCAGCAGACCGCGAUAACAUGACUUGUCUGCAUUAUGCAACAUUACGAAGCGAUAGAGGGCUAGUCGAAAUGCUCUUGGAGGCUGGAUUUGAUAUUAAUGUGGCGGUCAGGCGUAGAAAUCCUGGCGCAGUACACGAGAGUCAUGACAGAAAAGGCAUGGGACAUGGAGGACUCACAGCUUUGCAUGCAGCUGCAUACUUUGGAAGACCUGAUAUGGUAGAACUACUGCUCAAUGCUGGUGCGGAUGCUCAAGCUCAAGAUAUCAAUGGUAACAUGGCUUUGCAUCUGGUGCUUAGCAGGUCACUUGGGUACAAGAGCAGGGAAGAUUUGUGGCCUGACCACAUGUAUAUGCUCGAAGAGAUACCUGAAUAUAUGUAG